GGUUGUGGGGAUGAUUGGGGAGAGGGGAGACGCUUAGAUCUGGUCUUGUGUGGAAGUCCUUUCUGAGCUACCCUUCCUAGCACAAGGAAAUCGAGCCAUACGUUCCGAAGUGGCACCUGGAGACACUUCCCUGCACUGACGAUGUGCCGCUCUGGGCUUUCAAGGUUCCCUUUGGCUGGGCUCGACCCUUCCUCUAGUACCCCUGCCUUACCCUCGUCACUCCGCCUUCCGCCCUCAGGUUUGGCGAAUGUGCCGCCCGCAGACCCGGAGCGCUAGCAAGAGAUGCCCGGUGGCAGCCCACACGCCCUAGGACUGGCCUCAGCCACAGUGACUGUGAGUGAGGUCUGCGCCACGUGGAUCUACGUCUCUGCCUGGGUCCCACGCAGGGACCACUUCUGCCGGGACGCAGGGCGGCGGCUCCAGCGUGCAGGGCGCGCAGGAGGGAAGGAAACAGGAGCUGGAGAUGGAGAGGGGGAAAGUGAAAAAGAAAGAGAAGGGAAAGGAACCAGAGAGAGAGAAAAUUCGGGGAAGAGGAAAGGAGGAAAAAGACAAAAGGAAGGAGGUGGAGAAGGGGAAUGAGAAAGGGAAGGAAGAGGAAAAGGAGAAAGAGAAGGAACAAUUUAAGGGGAAAGAAGAGAAAGAGAAGAACAACAGCGCCUUGGCAAAGCCCCAGCUGGAACUGCCGGAGAAAAAUAAUCAUAUCCUAGUGCUGGGCCUGGAUGGAGCAGGAAAGACCAGUGUUCUCCACUCCCUAGCUUUAAACAGAGUCCAGCACAGCAAGGCACCCACCCAAGGUUUCAAUGAAGUGUGUAUCAGCACGGAAGACAGCCAGAUGGACUUCCUGGAGAUUGGUGGCAGCGAGCCUUUCCGUUCCUAUUGGGAAACGUACAUGUCCAGGGGAAUACUGCUGAUCUUUGUGGUGGAUUCAGCAGAUCACAACAGAUUACCUGAAGCCAAGAAAUACCUUCAUCAACUAAUUGAAACAAACCCAUUCAUCCCUCUGGUUGUGUUUGCAAACAAACAGGAUCUCAAAACAGCCUAUCACAUUACUGACAUCCAUGAAGCUUUGGCAUUGUCUGAAGUGGGAAAUGACAGGAAGAUGUUCUUGUUUGGGACUCAAGUGACUGAGAAUGGCUCAGAGAUACCCUCCACCAUGCAGGAUGCAAAAGACCUGAUUGCACACCUGGCAGCAGGUAUGCAGUGACCAGGCCAGGCCCUCCGUGCAGCUCACAAUCCAAACGUCAUCAGGGAGGGAUGAGUGGCAGGCUUGAAACCAAAGGUUUACACUUUCAAAUAAAAAAUAAGCCAUUUCCUAUUUUCUCAAUGCAUGGCAUAUACACAAAGAGAAUGUUAAUUGGUUAAGAGCAUUUCUUUAUUUAGAUUUUGAACUUUAAAAGUAUUGGUAACACAAUGUAUUUAUAGAAAUUUCAAGGCUUUUUAAAAAAUUUAAAUUUUUUUAAAGGAUUUUAUUUAUUUAUUUUUAGAGAG